AUUUCAUGAAAUAAAACUAAAAACAUGAAAAAGACAACCUUACCAUACCAUAGGGCUUCAAAAUACAUUACUUGACUUUGAUCACUAACAAGAAGAUCAUGAUUUACGUUAAUGGAGUUCACUUUCUGUCGGAUUCUUCUUCCCUUGAGGGCUAUGACAUGGUAAUUGCUUUACUGGAGCACCCAUAUUUGGUAUCUGCCUCACGCUCACUCUGUGCAAUCCCAGAAAGAAAGUUCUCCGUUUCUGAAGAAUCCGGGUCAGAGAGUUCUGUGCAAACUAAAUGUGUGUAUGUCUUUCAAAGAGAGUAUGCUAUUGUAGAUCCUGCACUUGUGGAGGUCGUCGGCACCGAUGAAGCAACUACAUGUGUUGGCAUUGUCAUAAGAAAUCGCAAAAGUGGCAUGACGUCCAUCGCUCAUUUGGAUUCCCCAAGUGUUGUUGAUAUUGGCCUCUCACAGAUGUUGUCAUUAGUUUCUGAUUACGAUGAUAAUGACGAUGCAAUUUUGGAUGUUCAUCUUGUUGGCGCAUUCGAGGAUUCUGCUCCUCAAGGAAAUUACGAUCCUGGAUCUGACCCAUAUUCAGAAAUAGAAGGUUACUCCUUGCCACUGUGCAUCAAAAUAGUACAAUUAUUAGCAGAGCACAAGGUGACGUUUCAAAUUCAGAACUUCCAAGUCCUAAAGCAUAACACAAGAUGGGACUCUGAAGGAAAUGCAUAUCCAAUAUUCCAUGGGCUCUUGGUGGAGACAUCCAGUGGUUCGGCUGUUCCAGCCAGUUUUGAUAGAAGCACAAGAUGCCCUGAUGAAAUCAUCAGGAGGAUUCGUUUAGGUGCUUCUUUUGAGGACCCUAGAUGGACUGGCCGGUUACUAGAGGCAUAUGAAACUCAAACAGACCGAUUUGUCAUCACGCCAUUUUCUUGGAGCAUGCGUCAAGUACGUAUUGCCUCGUUGAUGAGACACCGCUCUGAUAAGGAAAUUCUUCUUACUACUUCAACAUCACCUUCUGCAGAGGGUCCAGAUUUUGUUGAUACUCAGAAAAGGGUAUGGGAGUACCUAAUUCAACAUCCAGAUUGGAGAGAGGUCUUUACUGCGAAACUGCCACGUGUAUUUAACAGGACUGCAAAUAACAACUGGGUAAUGUCCAUGGAAAUAUAGUUCUUCACACUAACUCUUCAAUUGAGAUGUCAUUAUUCACAUAUGAUUGUUCGAGACGGCGGUGCCUUGCCUGCUUGGGUGUGUGUACUAUGUGAUGUCGGUCUGAUUUUGUGCAUAAAUGUGUUGUAUAUUCAUAUUAUGAUCACAUAACUAUCAUCUCAUCAGUUAAAAUUAAAACCUUAGCACUAUUCUAAGACAUUGAGUUGGUUAUA